AUGAACCUUUGGUUCGCGGCAUUUUCAGACCCUCAUUCCCGACGACUGUUUCCUAAUACCCCUGGAGUGCGGAAGUGGCUGGAAGAUGCGAUCCGCGAUGAUUUACUUCGGCGACCGUUCCAGCGCUAUGUACAAAUGGUUGACCCCGGAUCCAAAGACGCCAACGGCCAACCGCGAAUAGCCGCCUAUGCAAAAUUGGACUGGUCUACGCCCGAAGAACGUGGACCACGCUAUCCGCCGUGGAAUGACGAUAUGCCCAAGGAGGAUUGCCAGGCCUUUGUGGAUAGAGGGGAGAGCAGUAGGAAGCGUGUUAUAGUUUUGGAUCUGGUUGCUACACACCCCGAUUAUCAACGGCGAGGGGCUGCUUCUAGGCUUGUUCAAUGGGGAUGUGAUCUGGCCGACGUCGAAGGCGCUGACAUGUAUGUGAGUGCCAGCAAGGACGGCGCUAGCUUGUACGCAAAGUUUGGGUUCGUCGAUUAUAGUAACCCUGGCCAAGAGACAAUCACGAUGAUUCGCCGAGCGCGGCAGCUUGAUGUCAUCUUCCUACCAUCCCGGUUCGACACACUCGCAAGGUAUGAUAGGUCUGCUCGUUUGAACCAUGCCGUGUCUAAUGUCCUUCAAGAUAGCCCCUCACACCCAUCUCCUGUCUCUCAACUUCCAAAAUCAGCCACUACCGCUUUAUCCAGCCCUGCCACCUCUCAGGGUGACGAGGCAUUGCACCCGGUGGAUUCUUCUCGUGUCGAGAAACGUCGGUUGAACACCCUCGCCGCCCGGAGAUGCAGGCAGAGGCGCGUUGACCGGAUGAAGACUCUUGAAGAUGAGUUAGCAAGCGUGCGACGGGAACGGGACGAGUUAAAGCUGCGGGUGUCGAAGCUGGAGGGAGAGACCGAUGCGCUGAGAGGGCUUCUUAGCUCUCAGAAGCGUUAG